UUUACACAAAGCUAAAUAAAUUCGUCAUUCGUUUUUUUAAAUUCAUUGUGUUAACACCUUAGAAAAUUGUUUUUGUCCAACAUUUUUUAGUACUUAUUUUGUUGGUUGAUCCUGUUUCUGUAAUUAAGCCGAGUCCAACAUAAGCUUUUUUAGAAGGAAACAAGGAUACGCUGAGGUCUUUGCCAAAAGCUAAUUAACUAAAUAAUCAUGUGCUGUGGACCCUGUGGACCUCGAUGCUGCGAUCCCUGCGGAGGAUGCUACAACUGCUGCGUUGAACUCUGCUGCGUGCCCUGCACUCCAGCCUACAUUCAAUGCACCUUUAUGCCCUGCGGACCCCGGGGUUGUUGCUAGGAUAUGGAUUUCCAAAGGAAAGCAAUCAAGAUUUAGAGCAAAAUCCAUCAGCAGUACUAUCUUUCACACAAAUCUGUAAUCUGCACACCAACAUGAAUGAAUAAACGAAUUUAUUUGCCAGUA